UUAUAUUACGACACACUUUAUAGCUUCUUACAACUUAUCACAGGACGACACGACAUAGAUUAUAAUGCAAGCUGGAUUGUAUAUCAGCAUGGUGCAGAUAUGAAUGCUCUUGCCGUAUUUGACGUACGAUUCAUAGCUGCUCUGCUUUAUUUGCCCCCCAGUACCGAAUUGUGGAGGUUCACGUGACGAAAGCAUGAUCUUUACCAGCCUUUGGUAAAUCACCUUCAAAAGAGAAUCAAAUCCAAUAGGGGCGAGCUAUGGCUUCCUUUGGGUCUUCGCCGGUCUAUACCGUGCCACGCCGAAAGGUUGUUGCUGUGGAGCACCCGAUAGCAAUCAACGAUGUCGACAGUGCUAUGAAGACUUUUGGUCGAGGCGCGCCGUUAGCCCAGGUAAGCCAGGCUUUGCUAUCACGACACUUACUGGAUUAAGAAACAGUUAUCCCGUCUGUCUAUACUAGGACUUUACUCUUCCAGAGACCAUGGCGUUCUCAGCCUUGAUUUCAUAUGCUGUCUCAACGAGCCCAUAGACAGAUCACUGACAUAUAUCCCAGAUACUUGAUGCCGAAGAUUAUGACGGUUGUCUGCCACUGUUUUUGCGCCCAGGGGACCCAUCGUGUCCUCCCAAUCUGUCACAAAAUGCACCUACCAAUAAUGUGUUGCUGAAAGUCACCAUCCCGAAGAGGACAGGUUGCAGGCGCAAACGGGGCUCCCAGGAUCCUUUUGAGUACCACUCAUACAUGCAGGAAGCAGAGCCUGAGUCAAUGAUCCAUAACGAUCAGUCACCGGGGCUGCUGUCACACUCACGACUUGAUGAUCCUAGCUAUCUACAAAAGAGACUAAGAGAUUGCCGUGGAUAUUAUCACAUUGAGCCUGUAGGCUCUAUCGAACAGACUCAUCGAUAUAGGGGGCUCUCAGAUUUCCACUAUUCCACCACGCACGGAAACUAUAUGACAAAAUUCCGUAACACCAUUAUGACUGGUGAUCUGGAUAAGAUCAAACAAUACAAACUCGAUCCUAGCCGCGGCCCAAAGCAAAUGACAGAGCUUAUCCCGCCUCCAACGAUGACCGAUCACCCUCUUCCUUUCAACUGGGGCUACCAUCAAAACCCAACCAUCAGGGUUACUACAGACCAUCAAACUGGUAAGAAAACACUUAUCAAUCAUUCCACUCCCGCGAGGCUUGCCACCCUCUACGUCGCCCAUGACAUCCCAGUCACACCUUCCGGUCCAACGAACCCUCCGCCUAACGACCCCCUCCUCAUCUCUGUCAUCGAAGAGCUCCAGGCCGCUCUCGCGGAGCGCCCAAUAUGGACCCGCCGGGCGAUCAUGAACCGCAUCGGCGCCUCCCCAGGUGUCUACCUACUCAAGCCAGCCAUGCAGUACGUGGGCUACCAAUUCCGCGGCGGUCCCUGGCGCGACGCCAUCAUCCGAUACGGCGUAGAUCCUCGCACAGAUCCUAAAUACCGCUUCUACCAGACGCUGUUCUUCAAGAUCUACGACGAGGUUGAGAAGGUACCUGGGCAGCCUUGGACGGAUAUCAGGUCUGAGUAUACACGGCGCGCGCAGGUCACGGAUGUCUCCCUCGACAGUCAUAUCUUCGACGGCACGAAGCUAUCGCUCGAUGGCAAAAUCUGGCAGGUCUGCGAUAUUACGGAUCCGAUGAUUCAGCGCCUCGCAUCGACGUCAACAUUACGCUCAACCUGCGAUCUCGAAGUGAACGGCUGGUACUGCAACGGGACAUGGGCUAAGAUUAAGGCCGUGAUGCGGACGAAGAUCUCCGCAAUCCGUGCAGGCAAGCACGUCCCAGAUGAAGCCUUCGAAACCGUCCUCAAAGUCCCGGACUUCGUGGAGGAGAAAGCCAAGGCGGGCAAGGUCUCCAUCCCGAUGCCUGAUCUGAAGAAAGUCGGCAUUAAGGUGGGGGAGAGUGUGAACGGGGCGAGGAAGAAGAGAAUCAGAAUGGCGGCUAGGAGAUGGAAGGCAGGUGGCGCGAAAAUUCCAAGGUUGAGUGCAGUGCCCGAGGAUAUAGCGGUGACUGGUGAUGGUAGUACUGCUGCUGAAGAGUCGGUUGAGACUAUGACGGAAGAUCAGAAUGCGAGCGUCUACGGAACGGAGCAAGAUUAUGAUGAGGAUGAGAUGAUAGAGGAAGAAUAUGACGACGAAGGAGGACAUGAUGAAGAUGAGGAUGAAGUUGAUUACGAUGAGGCAGAGUCUGAAUCCGAAGGUGCAGGGGAUAGUGGGGGGCGAUGAUGAGGAUGACAUAAACUCUCCCAAAUAGAAACUCAGAAGGCAUCAAUAAUGAUAAGAGAAAUAAAGUAUAAUUUCUAAA